CCGGCCCGCCGCGCAGCAGGACCGAGCGGCCGCCGCCCGACCCUGCCCGCCCCACCGGCCCCACCGGCCCCGCCGGGCCCGCCCGCCCCACGAGAUGUCAGAAGACUUGGCAAAGCAGUUGGCGAGCUACAAAGCUCAGCUGCAGCAAGUUGAGGCUGCCUUGUCUGGGAAUGCAGAAAAUGAAGACCUACUAAAACUGAAGAAAGACUUGCAGGAAGUCAUCGAAUUAACCAAAGAUCUCCUCUCAACACAACCUUCAGAAACUCUUGCAAGUUCUGACAGUUCUGCUUCUGCUCUGCCCAGUCACUCCUGGAAGGUUGGGGACAGGUGUAUGGCAAUAUGGAGUGAGGAUGGACAGUGCUAUGAAGCUGAGAUUGAAGAGAUAGAUGAGGAGAAUGGAACAGCUGCCAUCACAUUUGCUGGAUAUGGCAAUGCUGAAGUUACACCUCUGUUCAACCUCAAGCCUGUGGAAGAGGGAAGAAAAGCAAAAGAGGACAGUGGCAACAAACCCAUGUCCAAAAAAGAGAUGAUCGCCCAGCAACGAGAGUAUAAAAAGAAGAAAGCUUUGAAAAAAGCUCAGAGAAUUAAAGAACUUGAACAGGAACGAGAGGACCAGAAAGUCAAGUGGCAACAGUUUAACAACAGAGCCUAUUCUAAAAACAAAAAAGGCCAGGUAAAGAGGAGUAUUUUUGCUUCCCCUGAGAGCGUAACUGGCAAGGUUGGAGUUGGAACAUGUGGAAUUGCAGACAAACCUAUGACACAGUAUCAAGAUACCUCUAAAUAUAAUGUCAGGCAUUUGAUGCCUCAGUAACAGGGGAAGAAGAUGGAACUUCAUCUCUGCAGGGCUUUACACUUACCUUUUUAUCAUUAUAUUUUUCUAAAAGUAAAUUAUUUGUUGGCACAUAGUGAGUAGUCCAUUUGUCACCAUCACUUUGGCUUCAGCUGAUAUGAGCCUUAAAUCUCCUUUUGUUGAUUUGACCCCCUUAAUCAUCAAGCAUUUUGUAGUUGCAUUAAAAUACGUUCUGCAGGUAAAUGCUUUCAUGAACUGCUGUUACCUGUUACUCUGAAAGCAGUAGUUAUCUGCAGCUUUGGUCUCUCGAAUCUUCCAUUCAGACUAGUAGAGAAUUUUUGUUUUCCUUCAGAAAAGUGAUGGUAUGAAAAUGGCACCUCGACAGCCUCCCUCGUUUCUGUAGUCACAGUGCUGUCUGCUGUCUCAGCAGCAAGCUUAGCAGGAGAGAGGGCUAGACUCCAUCAUAGCUUCUAUGUCACAUGGAAUUGCUAAGGAAGUUCUAAAGUAUUACCUUGCAAAUCCAGUGAAGAUCCAUUUGUGCAGCUGUAAAUGAGGGCAGAACAGGGCCAAUAGGAUCUUUAUUACCAAUGAUGAUUCAUGUGCUAGAAACAAUAAAUCUGACUUAAUUCCGGUCUGAAUUUCCUGCACUAGAAGUUAAGCAGAGGAGAUGCUGUUUGUUUUUUUUUUUCAAUGCUCAUAAAAUUUUAAUAGGAAGCUACUGAAAGGUUAUUUAAAUGUAGCCAGAAAACCAUAGGACAAGGUAUUUAGACUCCAGUUUCAGAGUACAGAACUGUACUUUAAAAUACCCACCCCUCCCAAAUAUCAGAGAGUUGGAGAACAUAAAUGGAAAGGAGCCAUCAUCUGCCCUGUUGCAGACCUUGUAGGUUUGAUGGCAGGGUCACAGACCUGGAGUACACAGUGGUGGGCCUCCUCCCUCCAGUCAGGUAAAACUGCAGCACAGCAGGGACAAAUGCCUAGAUCACACUGACUUAGGUGUGAGGGAGAAAAGGUUGAAGUUUCUGCCCUUCAAUAAUUGACUGGCUCUAGUGUUCAUUGUAACUUCAGCUGUAUUACAGUGCUGCUGAGCCCCUUCAAUUUCAUUUCAGGAAACCACGUGUAAAAGCUCUUGCUUUCUCAUACUUCAUGUGUGAUUUGCUUUCCUCUGUUGCUUGUCUCUCACUUACAGUAGUGGUGCCAUCUCUGGACCCGUCAUGUGUUUAAAGAAGUUAAUGGGUAGCCCUGUAUACAAUGUAGAUAUUAUUUUUGUAAAAUCUAGGGCUGAGUUAAUGGACAAGAGUACAUUAGCUGUUCCCACAUUAAAUAAUGAAAGGGUGUUGUUUCUUGUCCAUUAACUCUGACCAUUAUUUCCCUGUAUAUUAUGUUAAUGUAGCUCAUUUUGUAAUUUGUUAACUAGAUCAGGUCACGUCAGCAAUUGUUGAUGCACUGAUUGGUGGAAAUGUCCAUCAGUUACCUGAGUCACAACUCAAGCUAAACUCUACAAGUGGUAGUUUAGAAUCCAUACAUAGAAAAAAGGUUUUCCCUAUAAUGGGAGAAGGUGAUUUUUAUGAAUACAAAGUGUGUUAAUUUCAGUUUUGUAUGUUUAACUUUUAUUAAAUAAAGUGUUUAAAAUCUGCUGGA